GGAAACAAAUUAAAGACAAACCUGGAAACUUUCUUUUUUCUCUGAGAUAUUGGAUAUAAUGAUCAAAAUCUAAUCUCUCUUUUUUAUUACUCCCACCACUGUUACAUCACCUCCAUCUAUCUCUUUCUCUCUGCAGUAGUUACUCCUUUCAUGGCGGAAGCAAACAAGACAAGUAGAGAAAUUGCAAGAAGCAAUAGUUGUGUGUUCCCAAGAGAUCUGCUUCAGAGAUUCAUCUCUAACUCAGCCGAUGGUGAUCAAGAAGAUGAAGAAGAAGAUGAAGAGAUCGAGUUGAAUCUUGGUUUAUCUCUUGGCGGGAGAUUCGGAGUUGACAAAAGCAAUAAGCUCCUGAGAUCUUCUUCCGUUGUCGUGACGAUACCUCUUUUCCGGGAGACUCAUCAGCCGGAGCCGACAACGAAGCCCCCGGAGGCUUCGGUAGCGGUGGCUAGACACGCCGGCUUAAAGAGGACGACGUCGUUGCCGGCGGAGUCGGAGGAAGAGUGGCGGAAAAGGAAAGAGAUGCAGACUCUGAGGAGAAUGGCUGCUAAGAGAAGGAGAAGCGAGAAGCUCCGUACCGGCGGCGGCGGCGGCGGCGGUGGAAGCAGCGUUAAGUCAACCGAAGGUGAUAGUAGUAAUCCGGGAGAAGCCGCCACUACUUCGAGGCGGCGAGGUAGACCGUCGUCGGGACUGCCGCGGUGGUCAGCGACGGCUAACAAAGGUGGACUCUUAAGGCAACACAGUGCUGGUCAUGAUUCACUUCAAGGCUCCCUAGAGUCUCAAGGCGGCAGCGGCGGCGGCGGCGGCGGUGGAAGUUGUUCAAGUGUUUCCGAGAUGGAAACCAAAUCCCAUCAAGCAUCUAGUGAAGAAGCAAAGAGCGUACCGUCGACACAACAACAACAGGAGGCGUUAACAAGGCCGAACACUCGGCUGAGAAGAUUGAGUUCAGUGGAUAUGAAGAUAGAGCCACCACAAGGGAAAGGGAAAAACGAGAUGCCAUGUGUGUUCACCAAAGGAGAUGGACCAAACGGGAAGAGAGUUGAUGGGAUUCUGUAUAGAUACGGUAAUGGAGAAGAAGUGAGGAUCAUGUGUGUUUGCCAUGGUGAUUUCUUAUCUCCUGCUGAUUUCGUUAAACAUGCGGGUGGUCCUCAUGUUGAUCAUCCACUUAGGCACAUUGUUGUCAACACUUCUUCUCCUUCUAAUCUCUUAUAGAACCCCUCCCUAACCCCUCUCUCUUCAUUUGAUUUAAGACCAGAGUGUAGAGAAGAUGUUUUUAAGAGGUUUAGAUCAGGACAACUUAUGUAUGUUUUUGUCUGAAUCUGUUAAUUUCCCAAUAUUGAGAAUUUUAUUAUUUGUAUGUUAUAACUACUACUUUAUAAAGGGAGAUCAUAUUUGAGAACC